AUGGCUUUUGGACAGAGAAAUACUUCAAGAGGAGGUCGUGGUGGCGGUGGAAGCAGUUUUAGAGGCCGAGGAGGUAGUAGAGGUGGCCCACGAGGAAGGGGUGGGCUGAGAGGAGGAAGAGGGAGAGGAAGAGGAAGGCCUGUAUUUGAUAGUGCUAGAUUAGCACAGCAAAAGGAAGAGGGUGAAGAAAGCAAUUCGGAAUCCGAAGAAUCAAGCCAGGAUGAAGCUAUGGAGAGUGAAGAGGAAUCUAGCGAUGACGAUGAUGCGGAACCAGCACCAGCUGUAAAGUCAUAUGCAGCUUUAAUGCAGAGUUUUACUGCUGAUUCUGCACCACAAGCUAAACGGAGGAAACUUAAUGUUGACAAAGAGGAAAAGCAAGACGAAGAGGCUGACCUCAUGGACCAAGAUGCAAACGAUGCAGAUCAUGUUGAGGAAGCGGAAGAGGGCCCCGAAACUGCAACAGAUGGCCUUCUCGAAGAAGAAGAUGAGGAAGACAACUCGGAUCCUUUCGAAGCUCAUUUUGCCAAUCCGGAUGAUAACAUAUUAUCAAGGAGAUUAAAACAUUUGGAAAACGGACAGUGGGCCAUACAAAAGUCAAUACUUGCAAAGAUUGGAAGAGCUAUUACGAGUGUACCAGGUGAUGAUGAAGCAAAGCAGACGAAAUCAUCAAUUAUCAAUAGUCCGGAAGAGCUUAAAUUGAAGCAAAAGUUGGCAGGCGUGAUGAAGAAGCAAUGUCCGACAUUCGAUACAUUGGAAAAGUCUAUAUCUCCCCUGAUAUUUGGCUAUCAGGAUUUACUGUUUUGUGAGCGCAACACAUCUAAUGCAGAGAGUCUGAGGAGGUUAACUUGUCUCCAUGCUGUAAAUCAUGUGUUCAAGACUCGAGAUCGUGUCAUUAAAAAUAAUUCCCGCCUUGCCCGAGAAGAUAACAGCGAUGACUUAGAACUACGAGAUCAGGGUUUCACGAGACCUAAGGUUCUUAUGCUUUUGCCUACCCGCGAAUCUUGCGUUAGAAUGGUUGACAUGAUCACUUCAUUAUGUGAACCGGAUCAGCAAGAGAACCGAAAACGAUUCAAUGAUUCCUAUGUCGAUAAAGAGGAGAAAUAUUCCACUGAUAAACCAGAAGAUUUUCGAGAACUCUUUGCAGGCAACGAUGAUGAUAUGUUCCGUCUUGGUUUGAAAUUCACAAGAAAGACUGUCAAGUAUUUCUCACAGUUUUAUAAUUCUGACAUCAUCUUCGCAAGUCCUCUUGGUCUGAGAAUGGCCAUAGGAAAUGAAGAUGCGAAGAAAGUAGACCAUGACUUUCUCAGUUCGAUUGAGAUGGUCAUAGUUGAUCAAGCUGAUGCACUUCUUAUGCAGAACUGGGAACAUGUUGAAUUUAUCUUUGACCAUCUCAAUCUUCAGCCCAAAGAAGCUCAUGGUUGUGAUUUCAGUCGUGUAAGAAGUUGGUAUUUGGAUAACAAUGCUAAAUACUUCCGUCAAACUAUCGCUUUGGCGGGAUUCAAUACACCAGAACUCAAUACCAUGUUUUAUAACCAAUCUAAGAACUGGGCGGGAAAAGUUAAAGUCAGCUCGAAUUAUCCAGGAGCUAUUCAGGAAUUGGGUUUGAAGGUCAAACAGACUUUCUCACGACUCGACUCUCAGUCAUUCGCCUCAGACCCAGAUUCACGUUUCGAAUAUUUUACGUCGGCAAUAAUACCUACUUUGACCCGUAGAAGUAAGGAUAGUGCGGGAACUCUUCUAUUCAUCCCCUCAUAUCUCGAUUUCGUCCGAGUGAGAAAUUACUUUUCAACCUCAGCUACCACGAGAACUUUAUCUUUUGGCAGUAUUUCUGAAUACACCACACCAAAAGAAGUUGCGAGAGCAAGAUCCCAUUUCUACAGUGGUCGACACACCAUUCUGCUUUAUACAGAAAGAGCCCAUCAUUUUAGAAGAUAUCAAAUUAGAGGUGUCAAGAAAGUUAUCAUGUACGGAUUACCCGACAACCCUAUCUUCUACAAGGAAAUCGUCGGAGGAUAUCUGAGUAGAAGUGUGAGAGAAGGCGAUUUAGAACCUGGAGAUGGAAGUGUACGUGUGGUAUUCUCUAAAUGGGAUGUUAUGAAAUUGGAAAGAAUAGCAGGGACAGAAAGGGUGGGGAAAAUGAUCAAGGAGAAAGGCGAUACUUUUGAUUUCUUAUAA